AAAAAGAACUAAAAAGAACAUUGAAAAACAUCAAAAUCACUUUACCCCAAAAAGUAUCAAUCUCGUCUCCGCAUUCCCAACCACAACCCCUAAUCUAUAGCGCCGACUGUACCCCGGCCAUCGCCCCACCCACUUUCAUAUAUCUCCAAUGUUCUAACUUAGGUACCUAGAAUGCCCUAUCAAUCCCCAAUCAAUCCCCAAUCAAGCCUAGAAACCCCUACUAGCAUAUCAAGGAAUAUCCAGCAGUCGGCCCUAGAUGUUCCGAUUACAGGUAUAAAACCGCGCCGUCAUGAAUCCAUCCCCGUCCAAGCACUGUUACAUUUUCCGAAAAGCGUAAGGCCCCGGUGCUUCAUCCUGUUUCCGUCCGUUGCCGUAUGGAGCUGUUGAUAAGAUCACCGGGGCAUCCCAACUUAGUCGUACGCUGGGCCGCGGUCAUGAUAAGAAUAUAUUCGGCUCCGACGAGAUAUUAUUAUAUCUACUACCUACAUUAAUAUAAGUUAUGUAACCUUAGAUCGAUAGAAUGCUUCUUUGCUUCUCGCUUCUCAUCAUUCUGUCAUAAAUCAAUGACCAACCAAUGCGAUGGCAGCCGUUGAAGAAAUCAGGCCUUCGGCCGUGGAAACGGCAACAGAUCCAACGCCAAAAGACCAGAGCGCCAUGGAACUAAAGGACGUCAAGUCUGUCGGCGCGACCGCUAACACCCACGACGUCGAGGAUGGCGAGAUUUUGCCGAGCGAGGAAAAGACUUACUACAGCAAAGUUUCGGUUUGGCUCAUGGUCCUCUUCUCUGGACUGGCAAUUGGGUCCGAUGGCUACAACGCCGCCGUAAUCGGCAACGUCGAGCUCCUCCUCGCGAUCCUCUACCCGGAGGCCCUGACCAAGUCCAUCUACCAGCGCCUCUCGAACGCCUUCCUGAUCGGCAUGAUCAUCGGGAUGCUCUUCUUCGGCGUCGUCGUCGACCAGCUCGGACGCAAGACCGGCGCCGUCGCCACCACCGCCCUCCUCGUCCUCGGCAUCAUCCUCUCCACCGCCGCCAACGGCGAGACCCCCACCGGCAUGUUCUGGAUGCUCAUCAUCGCGCGCGGCAUCGCCGGCGUCGGCGCCGGCGGCGAGUACCCCGUCUCCGGCGCGGGCGCGGCCGAGGCCACCGACGAGAGCGACAAGUACCGCAAGCGGCGCGGGUUCAUGUUCGCGAUGCUGGCCGACCUGUCGAGCAGCCUGGGGUACGUGUGGGGCGGUCUCGUGCCGCUUCUCCUACUCCUGUGCGUCGGCAGCAGCGAGUCCAAGUUCAGCAUCGUGUGGCGCACGUCGUUCGCGCUCGGCAUGGUGCCGCCGCUGGUGAUCUUCUGGUUCCGGCUGCGCAUGGCCGUGUCGACCGCGUACCGCAAGUCCGCCAUGCGCAAGCAGCGCACGCCGUACUGGCUCGCCUUGAAACGCUACUGGCGCCCGCUCAUCGGCUGCGGCGCCACCUGGUUCCUGUACAACUGGAUCAGCAUCCCCUUCGGCAUCUUCAGCUCCACCAUCAUCACGCGCGUCAACGUCGGCGACAGCCUCGUCAAGAAUCUCGGCUGGGGCGUCGUCAUCAACUGCUUCUACAUCCCCGGCCCGUUCCUCGGAGGCUACCUCUCCGACAAGAUCGGAAGACGGCAGACGAUGGCGCUGGGCUUCGGGUUGCAGGCCCUCCUCGGCUUCGUUCUCGGUGGUGCGGCGGAGCCGAUUCAGAAGAUAUUCCCGUUGUUUGUGGUUCUGUACGGCAUUUUCUUGACCCUCGGAGAGGUUGGCCCUGGUAGCACGGUCGUACUGACGGCAUCGGAAUGUUUCCCGACGUCCAUCAGAGGACAGAUGAUGGGGUUUGUCUCGGCCUGGUCGAAAGCAGGCGCAGCCAUCGGAACACAGGUUUUCACAGCGAUUUUAAACAGUUACACGGACGAUCCGUCCAAGGGGAACCAGGUCGCCUUCCUGAUCGGAUCCGGCUUCGCGGUCCUCGGCGCUCUGAUUGCUCUCUUUGUCAUUCCCGACGUGUCCCGGCGACUCAACGAGGACGACGAGGCGUGGAAGAUUUACUUGACGGAGAAUGGCUGGGAUGCGACUUGGGGUGAUACCGAGACCAAGGAUCCGGCUGGUGUUGUGCGCACUCAGGCAAUCUCAUAAAGUAGUACCCAAUCGGCAGAUCUUGGUCACUUUCUAGAAAAGCUACUUAGGGUAUAAUAGAACCUUUAGCUAGCACUUGCAUCAUAAUUCACUACCAUAUUCAGA